CCAUCACUUCCUGUUCCUCACAUGACGGUCUCUUCUCUCGCCGCUCACCCGCUUCUUACCUUCUAGUCCCGCUUCUUACCUUCCAGUCCAGGAGCCAGUUAUCCAUCCAGGCAGGCAGGUAGCGGACAUGGCGGCCUGCUCCUCGCCGGACUUGUCGUCGGCGCCCCUGGUGGCCCUCAACAUGUCGGUCAGGAAGAGGCUGGCUCUCUACCUCAACCCCCGCAGCGUGGUGGCCGCGGACUGGACGCUGGUGGCGGAGGCCAUGGGCUUCUCUUACCUGGAGAUAGUCAACUACCGCCGCCUCGACAAUCCCACCUUGCGGCUGCUGGAGGACUGGCAGGCCGGCCCGGGUGAAGCCUCUGUGGGGAAGCUCUUGGCCAUCUUGGAGGAGGUGGACCGGAGAGACGUGGUGGAGGACCUUCGACCUUUAAUGGAGGAAGACGUGAGGAAGUAUCAGGAAAGUGUGAAGAAAAGGGCACAGCGCCCCCUGCAGGUGCCCGAGGUGGACAGCUGUGUUCCUCGCAGCCAAGACCGGUCCGGACUCACCCUGCUGGAUGACCCGGAAGGCGCUCCGGAGAUGUUUGACGCCUUCAUCUGCUACUGCCCGAGCGACGUGGCCUUUGUUCACGAGAUGAUCCGCCAGCUGGAGCAGACGGACUACAAGCUGAAACUCUGCGUGUUCGACAGAAACGUCCUGCCGGGCUCCUGCGUCUGGACCAUCACCAGCGAGCUCAUUGAGAACAGGUGCAGGAAGAUGGUGGCCAUCAUCUCCGAUGAAUACCUGGACAGCGACGCCUGCGACUUCCAGACCAAAUUUGCUCUCAGCCUCUCUCCCGGAGCUCGGAGUAAGCGACUCAUCCCCGUGGUUUACAAGUCCAUGACUCGACCAUUUCCCAGAAUCCUCAGCUUCCUGACCAUUUGCGACUACACCAACCCUUUGACUCAGGUUUGGUUUUGGGGACGACUGGCCAAAUCUCUUUCGCUGCCAUAGUUUGUUUUUUUAUUCUUUCACAUUUAAAAAAAAACUUUAUAUUCACACCAUGUACUUUUUUUUACGUGAAUGCUGUAUUUUUUAAAAAUGGGUGACAAUUAUUGUAUUAUAGUUAUUUUUAUAUAGACCGCAUCUUUCCCUCGGUGGGUUUCGACACUUCCUCGAGUAAACAUAAAGCAGAAGAGGAA